UGAGACCAACCAUCACAAGGCUACAGACACUGCCAGCCAUGUCCUGCCUCUAAAAUAAUACUGUUUUUACCAUUUUAACGUAUAUACCAAGAGCACUUUUGAGGCUCUUUUUCUAUCCACUGACAUUUUUUGUAAAGAUAAAACGUGAUAUAUAUAUAUUUUUUUUUUUUGUUUUUGUAAUUUUUUUUUUCUUUUUUUUUAUACAAUAAGACGGAGAGCGCCAUGUCUUCCCUGUCUGCGCUGGAGCGGAGGUCUGGUGUUCAGCUGGUGAGCGCACUGCUGCUGCUGCUGCUGCUGUCGCUCUCCGGCUGUUCAUGCAUGGAUGUAUUAGUGCCUGCUAACAUCAAUGCACUGAAUGGAACCAAUGUCAAAAUCCAAUGCACUUUCACUUCCUGCUAUAAAAUGGAUGCCACCAGGUUCGCCAUGAACUGGACCUACCAAGAAACAUUGAAUGACACAGAAGAAAUGUUUAUGACGUACUAUAGAAAAAAAGGAAUGGUGCCUCUGCGUUCAGACCGAUUUGGAGACAGGGUUACAUUUACUGGGAACCUGGACAAGAAUGAUUUGUCGGUCACCCUAUCAGAUGUUCAGCUGGAGGAUGAGGGAAUUUACAAUUGCUAUGUCCGAAAUCCCCCCGAUCGCUUCCAGGGACAUGGUGUCAUAAGACUCAAUGUCCUCACUGAACUUCCCCCUCCUUCGAGACACUCUACCAUUGCAGUAGCCAUUGGGGCGUCAGUGGGCGGAGCGUUAGCCCUACUGAUACUGUCUAUGGUAGUGGUGAAAUGUCUCCGUCGACACCGGAAACAGGAACUGAUAUCAGAGGAGAAGAUGGAGGAGGAGGGAAAGUUGGAAGCUGAAGGUGUUGCAGAGGAGGGAACCAAGCAGCCAUAACUGGGUCACUAGUUUGAGCAGCAGCCUGUGCAGGUCCCACUCCCAACACAUCCUCUGACAUGUCCCCCUAAGUGAAGAUCUGUUGUAACAAUUGCUUGAAUUAACAUUUACUGAUUCCAUUCAUCCACUCUGCAUGUGUGUUUUGGUGCACACGUGUGUUUCCGUGUGUGUGGGUACUGAAUGUGUAUAUUUUAGU